UAUCAUAUUUUACAACGUAGUAAAAAAGGUAAAUUACCUAUCAUUGAUUCCGAUGGUAAUCUUGUUUCAUUAAUUGCUCGUACUGAUUUGGAAAAAAAUCGAGAUUAUCCAUUAGCAUCAAAAGAUAAUCGUCGACAAUUAUUAUGUGGAGCUGCUAUAGGUACACGAAAAGAAGAUGAAAAACGUCUUGAAGCUCUCGUACAAGCCGGUGUUGAUGUUAUUGUACUUGAUUCAUCUCAAGGAAAUUCUAUUUAUCAAAUUGAUAUGAUAAAACGUAUAAAAAAAUUAUAUUCACAUAUACAAGUUAUUGCUGGAAAUGUUGUAACACAAGCUCAAGCAAAAAAUUUAAUUGAUGCCGGUGCUGAUGCUCUUCGUGUUGGUAUGGGUAGUGGAUCAAUUUGUAUAACACAAGAAGUUAUGGCUGUUGGCCGUGCUCAAGCAACAGCUGUAUUUAAAGUAGCUGAAUAUGCUCGUCAAUUUGAUGUACCAAUUAUUGCUGAUGGAGGAAUUUCAUGUGUUGGACAUAUUGUUAAAGCAUUAACAUUAGGAGCUUCUAGUAUUAUGAUGGGUUCUUUAUUAGCUGGUACACAUGAAUCACCCGGUGAAUAUUAUUAUCAAGAUGGAGUUCGUCUUAAGAAAUAUCGUGGUAUGGGUAGUCUUGAAGCAAUGAAUGCUUGUCAAGAAUUAUCUGCUGCAAGUCGAUAUUAUUCUGAAACUGAUCAUAUUAAAGUUGCUCAAGGUGUUUCAGGAAGUGUUGUAGAUAAAGGUAGUAUUCAUCGAUUUAUUGGUGGUUAUCUUUAUACAGGUAUACAGAAAUCACUUCAAGAUAUCGGUUGUCAAUCUAUUGAACAAUUACAUAAAGAAUCUCAUCAAGGAAUUCUUAAAGUUGAAAAACGUACAGCAUCAGCGCAGGUUGAAGGUGGUGUACAUAAUUUACAUUCAUAUGAAAAAAGACUUUUCUAA